CCCGGCGCAGCAUGCUCGCGGCUGUCGGGGGCCUCCGGGGCCUCCGCCUAGGGCGCAUCUUCCGUGGGGCCCCGGGAGCGCACGGAGAAGCCGCGACGCGGCCCAUCGCGCCCCUGCGGCCUCGGGGUCUGCCCCGCUACUGCAGCGGCCGGGCCACCAGCGGCUCUGAGCCCCACGGUCCAGCAGGAAAGGUCCACCGGGUCCCCGCCGAGUACAAGCCUUCGCAAUUCGAUAAGAAAAUCCUGGUGUGGACCGGGCGUUUCAAAGCGAUGGAGGACAUCCCGCCUCGGAUCCCCGCACACCUAAUUUGGUAUAGCAGAUCAAAGCCAGAUGGAUGGGUAAAAAAGAUCAUAUCUUCUAGGCUCCAUCUGGAACAAAAGCCAGAAAUGAUAGAUGCUGCAAGAAACAAGGCUCGAGUGAAAGCUUGUUACAUAAUGAUUGGACUCACCAUUAUCGCCUGUUUUGCAGUGAUCGUCUCAGCCAAAAGGGCAGCAGAACGACAUGAAUCCUUAACAAGUUGGAACCUGGCGAAGAAAGCUAAGUGGCGUGAAGAAGCUGCACUGGCCGCACAGGCUAAGGCUAAAUGAAAUUCCAAGUGACACGGUGUUAAUCAGAGGAUCAUUACUGUUACCAAAACAAUAAAAGAUGGGUAAAAUAGAAUAUUUAAUGAAAUAACUGCCAUGGUUUUAUUUGGUAAAGAAAAGCAAAAAGUCUUUUUAUUUUUAUUUUCAGUAAAAUUUUACUGAAGUGGAACUGUAUUCAGAAAAGUGCACAGAGUGUGUAUAGCUUGAUACCUAUUUACAUAGUGAACACACCUGCAAAACCACCUCCCAGGUCAAGAUGCAGAACACCAGUAACAUCUCAGAAACCUCUCCUCUACCCUCUGUCAGUCAUUACCAUCCAAAGGUAACCACUGUUGUGAGUUUUAUCACCAUAGAUGAGUUUUGCUUGUUUUUGAAAUUUAUAUUAAUAGAGUUACAUAAUAUGCACUUGUGAGGGUGAAUUCUUAGACUCAACAUUAUGUUGUGAGAUCCUUACACAAAUUUUGUGUAGCAUGAGUUUAUUCAUCUUUAUUUUGUUAAAGUAUUCCAUUAUGAAUAUGCAACAGUUUAUCUGGAUAUUUGGUCCAGUUUGGGCCCGAUACAGAUAAUGCUAAAAUGAGCACUCUGUGUAUGUCAUUCACUAAGUGUUCUUCAAAAUCUAAAUUUUCAACCAAAUUUCCACUGUAUUUGGGUAGGACUCUUGCACUGACUGAGAGGAAUGUAAAACUAUCAACUUUAGAUUUUUUUAAGUUAAAUAUAUAUGCUAAGAUUUCUAGGGUAAUGAGAAAAU